CUGUUUUUGUUGAAUUAUAGUGCUUUGGAUAUGUUUGCUUUUACAAAGUGUUUGAUUCUUUAUCUUGGUUUCAUCAAAGAAUUUGAUAUAUAUUUAUUAUUACGUGCUUUAUUGGUAAUUGGAGGUAUUGAAUCUAAUCCUGGACCGAUGUCUCGUACUCCACCUUCCUCCCCUAUUUCAAAGUCGUCCAUAUCAGUUGUUGGAAAACGUCAAAGAUCUCCUAGUGAACCGACUUUGAAAUCUCAGCGAUUGGAAAAGUUUUUUCCUCCUUCGGGUUCUUCUUCAAAUGUACCCCAAAAUUUAUUUUCCUUUUUAGAGGAAAAAUUUGAUACCAUUUUGACUAAACUUGAAGAUUUAUCUACUAAAUUCGAAUGGCUGGCAAAUUUGCAUAAAGAUUUUGAACAACGUCUUCUCAAUGUAGAGAAGAAGGUGGAGGAAAUUUCUAAUUUAAAUACCUCAUUUACUGCUUCGACCUCCUAUUUCUUAUAUCUUUUAGAUUCAUCGAUAAAUGAACGUCAGAGAAAUAAUAUUGUUAUUGCUGGUUUAGAGGGAAACUCGUCUGAAAUCUUGUCCUUGGCUUCUGACAUUUUGUCAUCUAUUAAAAGACCUAGUGGUGACUCAAUUUUGAUAAAAGAUCUUAAAAUAAUCUCAAAAAAUAAAUUGGUGGUGGCUAAACUUGACAUUGUCUCCGAUAAAAAACUAAUUUACCGGAAUGUUCAUAAUAUUCAGAAGAGAGAAGGAUGCUCUAGGGUAAAGUUUUUCGAUGAUUUAUAUUGGAGAUCGAGACUUAGGAGGAAAGGUCUUUUUCCUUUCUAUCAAGAGGCUAAGAAGACUGGAAAAGAUGCGUAUAUGAGAGCUGAUUGUCUAACAGUAAACGGAGAAAACUUUACGUUUGAUUUAAUAAGCAAUAAGCUAAUGAAAAUUGAACCUUUUUUAUUACCAGGGAAGACGUUGGAUCGACGAAUGGACGAGAAUUAAAAAUUUCAACUGUUACUCCUCAUUCAGAGGUUUUUUAUACGCUAAAGGUAUUAUCAUGGAAUAGUCAAGGUUCAUUGUUUGAUAACUUUUCUGACAAGAGUUUUGUUGAUUUUGUAUCAUCAUAUCAUAUUGUUGGUAUAACUGAAUCAUGGAUGACAUUUUCGGUGAAAUCUUUUCUUUCAUCAUUGGACUCUCAAUUCUAUUUUACUGAAAUGUUAGCUCAUAAACUAGAGGGACCUGGAAGACCGUCUGGAGGCUUGUUUCUAAUGGUUUCUCGGAAACUUGGCGUAGAAUGAAUAUUUCCGCCCAUUCUAACUGCCCUUUAUGUAAUCGACUCUGUGAAAAUAUUAAGAACCAUUUAUUUGUAUCUUGUGAAAUUACUGAACAUUUAAGGGAUACAUUAUUAACGACUAAU